AUCCCUCCUUGAAUUCACUAUUUUUAUUUACUCGUGCUAAUAUUUCCAAUUCCUUCGCCCAAAACCUGGAGGCAUUGUAGCUCCGGCAGAAGGGAGAGAGAGAGAGUGUGGAGGUGCGGGAGGAGGAGGAGGACAGGGAGAGGCAGGAGGAGAGAGAGAGAGGCGACGGGGAGCGCUAUAAGUGGCGCGCUCCAAGUGUAGUGCCAAACAGAAGCCGGCGGUCAGAGAGCCGGGAGCGCACCAGAGAGAGAGAGGAGAGAGAGGAGAGACACCAAGGGCGAUCUCGGGACGCUGUCUUCGUGCCGGAGAGAGCGUGCCGCCCCGAGAGUGUAUGCGUGUGUGUCCGUGUGUUGGACUUCUUUCGCACCGUACGUAGCCAACCGUGCCAGGGAGAUGAUGUCUCCGGGCGAGGCUUGGGAGGACGUUCCGGAGCCGUUCAUCACCAAUGGGGACGGACUGCGGCUGCACUGCCACUACUGGGAGCCCGACCUGGGGCAAGGGGGCGAACUUAGGGGCCUGGUGUGCGUGAUGCACGGCGCAGGCGAGCACUGCGGUCGCUACGACGAGCUCGCCAAGACGCUCACUCGGCACUCCCUGCUCGUGUUCGGCCACGACCACGUGGGUCACGGACGGAGCACGCGCGUGCGCCUGGCGGACAUCCACGUGGACAUGCACGUGCGCGACUGCCUCCAGCACGUGCGGCGCGUGCGUGGCACGCACCCUCGCCUGCCCUGCUUCCUGCUCGGACACUCCCUGGGCGGUGCCGUAUCGAUGCUGGCGGCUUGCGAGCGCACGACUGAGUUCGCUGGCGUGGUGCUGAUUGCGCCCCUGCUGAAGAUGAGCGAGGAGUUCGCCACGCCGUGCAAGGUGCUCAUGGCGAAGUUCUUCAGCUGCAUUUGCCCAAACUUCCCGCUGGGUUCUCUCGACCCUUCCCUGCUCUCCCGAGACGCGAGAGAGGUGGAGGACUAUGCGUCGGACCCGCUGGUCUACCACGGCCGCGUGCGCGUGGCGUUUGCCGUGAGGCUGCUCCACACGGUGUCGCUCCUCGCGCGGCUCAUGCCCAGCGUGUCGUGGCCGUUCCUGCUGCUGCACGGCAGCAGGGAUCAGCUGUGCGACCCAGCCGGCUCCCAGAUGCUGUACGACCAGGCCGCCAGCACGGACAAGACCAUCAGGAUGUACGAGGGCGCGUACCACGUGCUGCACCGCGAACUGCCCGACGUGAAGGAGGCCGUGCUGCGGGAGAUACAGCAGUGGAUUAUGGCGCGACUGCCAGACUGACAAACCAGGUCACACAGCCUUGCGCCCGCCGUUACCACCUGUCUCGAUUUGACCUGGGAAUUGACCCGGACGGCUGGGAAAAUUGGCAUCGGCGUUUGGGUUCCAGGGGAUUGUGCGUUGAACUUAUUUUCUCACCAUAUUUAGCCAACCGUGCCAAUCAGAGGUGCGGGAAUUGGUUCCUAUCGAGGUCUCACGGUCACAGUGCAGAAAUUCGUACCAGAUAAUGUGGCGAAAUAUUAAGCGUAUCAAUGUAUUUUAAUUGCUAAAUGAGAGUACAUUGUUUCACAGGUGGCUCAUUCAAAGUGAUUUUCAAAUAAUUUGCUGCAAAAAUGACCACGGAGGAAUUUGAACCAGUUACACCGCCUCAAAUAUCUCAACCGGGCAAAUGGACGAAUGUAAAUAUAUAUUUGUUUGCUUAACAAAACCACAUUAUCUCCAUGAAGGUUUUACCCAUUUACAGUACCUCUUUCUUGAAGGCCCCAACUCUUAAAGGCCCCACACCUCUAAUGCUUGGGUUUCGAGGGACACCUAAGCUUGGCUACACGCCUCUUGGGUCCGAGCCACGAUCAUUCAUGUCCGCGGAACUUCGGGCACACUCUGAAUUACACGAUUGUUAUUGCUUUUCUGAUUAUAUCCAUUGAAAGGUCUUGAUGCGUCAUUUUGAAAGUGGCGAUACUGAUGUUUAAGAUAAACUGGAUGUUUGCAUAUCUUAGCCAAGUCGUCACACCAUACAAACCGCCGCGGGCAUUUACGAUCGGCAGACUCCUUCAUCUUGGCGGUCCAAACAGCCCAUCCAGCUGGUGCUGGUGACAGACCUUUUGACAGAUCUUCUCCCAUUGAACGUCUUUCAGGACCAGAAGACUCUGCCCGACGAAGAAGUGAAUAACUCCUCGGGAAACUUAAAGUACACACUCACGCAAAACAAGGUGUACGAUCUGUUUGUAUUUUUGUAUGUAACCGUCGCUAUAUAUAAGCAAUAACUAUAGACUACGCAGUAGGUGACGUUACAAUUACUGUACUCUUCUUAGAUAUACACGUAGGCAUGUGCAGCUUUUACGAUGUUUUAGUGAAAUACAUAGACUGCAUAUCAUUGCCCAUUUUUACACUACUUUUUUUUUACACCUAUAGCCCACUCCAGGCACCCAAGUACCACUACCCAUACUUGAUCGGUGUAACUCUGUCUAUUGAAUGUAUCUUAUCGGAUUGACCACAGUGUAGGGAACCUCCUCGCGUGUGUUUUACUCUGUGUAAUACUUCUAAGCGUCCGUUUGUUUGACAAUAAAAUAAAACACAGACUGUGCAUGGACUGUGCAAUAAAGGGUAAACCGGCACUGGC